UGAACCAAUUCACUCAAACCCAAACAAUUGAAUACCAUGUGUAUUGCUGCUUUUGUUUGGCAAGCUCAUCCACGCUAUCCUCUUCUUCUGCUACAUAAUCGAGAUGAAUACCACAACAGGCCUACAAAGGCAUUGGCAUGGUGGGAUGUUGAUGGUUGCGAGAUAUUGGGAGGAAGAGAUGAAGUUGCAGGAGGGACAUGGAUGGCAUGCUCCAGACAAGGCAGAGUAGUUUUUCUCACCAAUGUGUUGGAGCUUCAUCAUCUUCACCAAGCCAAUACCCGCGGGGAACUCCCUCUACUUUUCUUCAAGAGCACAAAGAGCCCCAUGGAAUUUGCCCACCAACUGGCUGCCGAUGCUCAUCGAUACAAUGGAUUUAACCUCAUUGUAGCUGAUAUUCCUUCCAAAUCAAUGGUUUUUAUCUCCAACAGGCCAAUGGGGGAGCCCAUUGCCAUCCAACAGGUUUCUCCAGGUCUUCAUGUGCUCUCAAAUGCCAAGCUUGACUCACCCUGGCCCAAGGCUCAAAGACUAGGUAAAAGCUUCAAACAAGUACUGAACAAAUAUGGUAAAAACGAAGUAAUGGUGAAAGAAAUGGUUGAGAAACUUACGAAGGACAAAGUGAAAGCUGAUAAAAGCAAAUUACCCGGCAUUUGUGCUCUCGACUGGGAGUUCAACCAUAGCUCUAUAUUUGUUGAAAUGGAUACCCCAAGAGGGCUUUGUGGCACAAGGAGUAGUGCAGCAUUGAUCAUAGGUGCAGGUGGGGAAGUAAGCUUUUAUGAUAAAUAUCUGGAUGAGGGUGUGUGGUUUGAGAGAACCAUCGACUAUCAUCUCCACAAGCUCAAGUAGAUUUUGCUGCUCACG